AUGGAGUACAAGGGCCUGGGGAGGGCUAUUCCACAUAAGACCACAUAUGGCCAGGAUGACCCCCCUGAGACCUUCGAAGCUACAACACCGACGCAAGCUCCUACCGUGGUGGAAGGCCGCGUCGAAGAGAUCCUUUUGAAGGAAGACGGUAAACGCCCGAACACCGACCCCUCAGAAGCAGAGUCGGGAUCGUUAAAGGAGUUCGAGCUCAAAUCGGCAAUACGAAAGACGCAGGAACAGCUCCGUGAACUAGAGGUAAAGCAAAUCGAAGCCAUUCGAACGGAGAUAAAACACCUCGAGGAGAAACUGCGAAUGUCUAUAAAGCCCUCUUCGACAGCACGCAGCUCCUUGGAGAUGGAGGGGCUGUAUCAGGUCCCCUCGACGGGAAAAUAUGUGUUAAGAACGGACAUCGCCCCCGAUGCCAGCGAUCUCCCACGCUUUGACGGACGGUCGAAGGAAGCCUGUGACUUCAUGUGCACAAGGCUGGAAUGGUUCUUCGAAAUGCACGAAGGGUAUUUUAUCAACGAUGAGAGAAAGAUUCUUUGUGCCGUGGACUGUCUACCGCCGUGGCUGCAAAUGAGAUGGAUGGUAUUCGAAAUCGAGUACUACGGCCCAAUCUCCUAUGGGGAGUUCCUCGAUUGGAUACGCCAAUUUAUAAGAGUUCCCACCAAGGCCGAGAUAAAGCAAGCCAAGGAAGAAUGGUUCGCUUCCAUGCAGAAGGAAGGCGAGGGUGUCAUGGAGUUUUCGAACCGAUUGCACAACUGGAAAGAAAUAAUGGACCGCCAACCUACCGAGGCAGAGAGAAAGGACCGGUUGUAUACGGGCCUGCUGCCUAUAAUCAAAGUGGAGGUGUCUCGAUCCGGUGAAGAUGUCAUCGAGAAAGAAGUCCCUCGGCCAAAUCUUAAUGUGGCCCCUUGUGGACAUGACAGGCUUCGUCCCGGCUUCCUUGUCUCGACGGAGGCCUCUAAUCGCCCGAAAGUACAAUUGUCAUUUGCACUUUACUCCCUUGGGUCGCGCGUGGGCAUACUUCCGGAAUAA